GGGGGCCCAGCACAUAACUGGGCGGUGCAGCCCGGGGCUGCAGACACAGGCCCCUCCGUGCGGAUCAGCAACAUGAAGGCCCUCCUGGCUGUGCCGCUGCUGCUUCUCCUCUCUGCACCCCACUGCUCCCCCCAGGUGUCCGGGAUCCGGGGAGAUGCUCUGGAGAAGGCCUGCUUUCAGCAGCCCCUGGACUGCGACGACAUCUACGCCCAGGGCUACCAGGCAGACGGUGUGUACCUCAUCUACCCCUCAGGCCCCAGUGUGCCCCUGCCCGUCUUCUGUGACAUGACCACUGAGGGUGGCAAGUGGACGGUGUUCCAGAAGAGAUUCAACGGCUCAGUGAGUUUCUUCCGGGGCUGGAACGACUACAAGCUGGGCUUCGGCCGCGCGGACGGGGAGUACUGGCUGGGGCUGCAGAACGUCCACCUGCUGACCCUGAAGCAGAAGUACGAGCUACGUGUGGACCUGGAGGACUUUGAGAACAACACGGCCUUCGCCAAGUACGUCGACUUCUCCAUCUCCCCCAACGCCAUCAGCGCCGAGGAGGACGGCUACACCCUCCACGUGGCGGGCUUCGAGGACGGCGGUGCAGGUGACUCCCUGUCCUACCACAGUGGCCAGAAGUUCUCCACCUUCGACCGGGACCAGGACCUCUUUGUGCAGAACUGUGCGGCCCUCUCCUCGGGGGCCUUCUGGUUCCGCAGCUGCCACUUCGCCAACCUCAACGGCUUCUACCUGGGCGGCCCCCACCUCUCCUACGCCAACGGCAUCAACUGGGCCCAGUGGAAGGGCUUCUACUACUCCCUCAAGCGCACGGAGAUGAAAAUCCGCCGCACCUGAGGGGCCGGUCCCCGCGGGCACCCCCCAGUGGCUCCAGGCACCCCCCUCGUGCUCCCUGUGCCCCCUGCAAGGCCAGAGCCCCUAAAGGGGGCUGGUUCUGCUCCCCUGGCUCCAGCCUCACAGGGCCCAGCAGCUCUGAGUCAGGGCCGACCCAGGCUACCCCAAGUGUCCGUCUGUCCCGGCCUGGGGGCUGUGCUGCUGCAGCCGCCCGAGGCUUUGCUGGAAGCAUGGCCUCCCAGCCCGGGCACAGGCCGGGAGCCGGGGGCCGCACCCCCUCGGCGCUUCCUCAUGGUGGACUCCUCCGUCCAGCCCUCGUGACCGUACCCCAGGGCUCCCUCUGGCUGUUCAAGGAGCGUCUCCUGUCCCCAACCUGUUCCCCCCGCGGUGAGCACUGCAGACCCCCAACCCCAUCCCACCCUCAGCUCCCCCCGCCUGCCUGUCCCAGUGCCCCGAGCGCAAGGCCGUAUGCCCCCCGAGCUGCUGCCCGCCCUGAACGGCCAGUUGGCCAGUGGGCACCCCAAGACCGCCCGGGCCCAGGCAGGGGAGGUGGGCGCCCCGAGGAGGCCGGGACAAGCCCUGCGGGUGGGAGCAGGGGGAGCAGGGUGGGGAGCCCAGGUCUCAAUAAACCUCCAGGAACCGA